AUGGUUGCAAGAACUUUGCUUGUAAUCCUGACCUUGGUCCUCGGGAUCGCGGCGGCUGCAGCCAAUGUGACCUACAGCUGCUUCAAGGACACCAUGAGCUACUUGUCGGACCUGAACGGCGAUGUCCCCAAAGCCUAUGCCAUGAUGAUGUACGACGCUCUGGGAAAACCAGGAAGCAGCUUACUGACCGGAAAUGUGGACAGACUGGGGUCCUUCAGCGAGUGCCUCUCAGUAGAAGAUCCUCAAGGAAACUUCAAGGGAGAAUACUGCAAGCUGCACGUGGAGCAGGAAGGAAUAAAGUUUGUGAUUGGGAUAUGCGUCCCUGAUUCUUGUUCUAGCCAAGAGAUAACCUCAUUGGCCUCUAUAGGCCUGUUCAGAUAUAAGAGCACGCCAUUUCUGGCUCCUCUGCCCUCUUUCAUCAUCCAGAAUGAAACUGCUGUCACCAUGGCCAAUACAGUCUGCUCCCGAGGCCUCUUCCCAGCUAAUACAUUCGCCAUUAUUUGCCUAUUCCUCAGUGGGCUGCUGAUCAUCUUGCCAAUAAUUGGGUCCGUCUACACUGCAGUUCUUUACUUCAGAGGCUCGUCGCCAUUCAGCCAGUGUCAGAGCAUCAUUCCGCACAGGAAACCGAGAGCUCCAGACCAAGAUAAGCCGGCCAUUAAAUCCGCUUCCCCCCCGGAGGAGGACUACAGUAAUAAGAAGACGCCAACUUGUUUAGGUCAUGUGCUGAAGAGUUUCUCAUUACAAGAAAAUAUCCAAUCCGUGAUGACAGUCACCAGUCAGGAAUAUCCCACCCUCAAUGGGAUCCGAGUCCUCAGCCUGUUGUGGAUCAUUUCCGGGCACACCAGUCAGUUGGCCAGUGUCUUUAAUAUUGAUAAUUCCUUUGAAUGGAAAUCACGAGUGUUAGAGAAGCCAAUGUAUUUCUACACGCUGAGCGGGCCGGUGUACCUGGGGGUCGAUUCUUUCUUCUUUCUCAGUGGAUUUCUGGGUGCCAAAACCUUCCUAAAGAUGACUGAAGAUUCUGGAAAAGAGGUAACUCUGACCAUGGUCACCCGAUACAUCCUCAAAAGGUUAAAGAGGAUUCAGCCUCUUCACCUUGCAUCCAUCCCACUCUCCAUUGCUCUUAUCUCGUUGGUCCAGUGGGGGGUAUUCUGGGAACUGCCCAAGCAUCAGUGGGACAACUGUAACCGCGUGUGGUGGGCAAACGUUUUACUGAUAACUAAUUUUGUGUCUGUUUCAGAUUCAUGCACCGGGUGGGCCUGGUACCUCUCAAAUGAUUUCCAGUUCCAUCUCACAACCCCUCUCCUCAUCUUUCUGUAUGUCAAAGUGAAAUAUAUUAUGUUUGCUGGAGUGGCGCUGAUGUUUAUCGCAUCUACUGUUACCACCACCGUGAUGUCUUUUCUUUUAAAACUUCCAAUCCGUUAUCCGAGAGGUGAAAGAGUGAAAUAUAUUAUGUUUGCUGGAGUGGCGCUGAUGUUUAUCGCAUCUACUGUUACCACCACCGUGAUGUCUUUUCUUUUAAAACUUCCAAUCCGUUAUCCGAGAGGUGAAAGUCAGUCCCGUAUGAAUUACUGGGUGGAAUAUUACACCAAACCUUACUGUCGAUAUGGCCCGUUUUUGGUUGGUGUAGUGACUGGCCUUAUGAUUGCCAAGAAGCAGUACAUUAGAAGCAAGGCUCAGGCGGUUGCAGGAUGGUUAUCUGCUUUGCUCAUCGUGCUUCUGGUGAUCUGUCUCGCUUUCCUUCUGGACGAUACUCCUACGUCAUACUCCAUCCUGGCUGCCAUUUACCAAGGCAGCCAUAGGACUUUGUGGGCAGCUGCUAUUGCCAUGAUCCUGGUUCUGUGUCACGAAGGAUAUGGAGGUCCCCUAAAUACAAUGCUGUCAUGUGGAAUAUGGAACGUGUUGUCGAAGGUCAGUUACGCAUGUUACCUGGCACAUCCAAUCAUAAUAAUCUUCUACUGUGGAAUGCAGGAGACACUCUUCCACUACCAGGACAUCAACAUGUUCUACCUGUUCAUUGGACACUCCAUGUUGACGAUCGCCAUUGGACUGGCUCUCACAGUACUGCUUGAAAGACCAUUUCAAAGAUUGCUCUGUACUUAG